CCGAGCACUCAGCCGAUUACGGUUACGGCGCCCGAAAGUCCCUUCCUAAUCGGCGGCACUCGUUGCCUUGUGAUGAAGAAGCCCGCCUUUCACCGGCUUCUCCUGCCGAACCCACCUUCGCUCGGGGCUUGCGCUUUCCACCCCGCGCAUGCGCAGAAGGUAUUGAGGCCUCCCGUUGUGUGCUGCCAUCAUGCGGACAAAGACAUGAAGUGCUGCUCCGCUCCGUCGGAUGCCGGCUCGGUACCUCUGGCGAUGUGGCUGGCGUCCGUCAUUUUGCACGGAGGCGGCGGGCGGCGUCCUGAUCUGUACGAUACUAUGUGAACGAUAUGGUGCUACCACAGCUACCGUGAUUGGCCGUUGCAUAGUUUGAAGAGAGCUCAUUUUAGGCGCUCAAGUUUUUUAAACAUCAAAAACUAUGUCUGGUGAAGAGACAGAAACACCAAUUGUGAAUGAGCAGCUGUCACAAGAUGUUAAGGAGCAGCCCCUGAGAACAGAACAAGAGGCUGAUGCAAAAGUGGCACUCUCAGAAUUAGUCAAUUCUAAGCCAGAGGUCAUGGAUACUACAGAUAGCUUGGAUGAAAGUGAAGGUGAGGUGAAACCUGUACAAAAAACACCACCUCCCUUGGAUGGUGGUGCCCCUGAUGUGCCUAAAGCUCAGGAGAACCAGGCUGAAAAAGACAGCAAACCUCCAGUUGUCCCCAAGGUCAGUCCAAUGAAGGCAGAGGGCACUGCAGCAUGUGCGGCAGACACUGCCGACUCGGACAAGGCCGUCGCCGAGUCGGAUCCGUCUGCGGCGGACACCUCGCGCGGCUCGUCGACGCCGGCGGACUUCACCCGCGCCGGCAGCGCCUCGUCAGACGGCGCGUCGGCCGACGGUGCCUCCGCCGACGGCACGCCGCGGUCGCGCGUCACGCGCUCGCGCAACCCCGACUUCGCCGCCAAGCAGAAGAGCUUCAUGAAGGAGUACCAGCGCAGCGUGAGCGGCGCGCCGGGCACGCCCGAGGCGGCGCCCGAUGGCGCACGGUCGGAGAAGCGGGCCGCCAGCGAGGGGGCGCCGUCACCGGCCAAGCGACGCCGGCCAAGCCGCGCGGAGGACGGCCGCGCCGGCACCACUCCGGCGCCCACUGGCGCGCCCAAUGACAACUUCUGCUGGUCGUGCCACCGCGAGGGCGAGGUGGUCUGCUGCGAGGCCUGCCCCCGCGUCUUCCACCUCAAGUGCGCCGGCCUGGCCGCCGACCCGCCCGGCGACUGGGUGUGCGGCGAGUGUCGGCGCGUCGUGCAGGCGGAGGCGGCCGGGCCGGCGUCGCCGGCGGCGCGCGACCUCACGCCCGAGCGCUUCACCCAGCUGCUGCAGUACGCCAUGGGUCGGCUCAAGAACCUGCCGGGGGCGGAGCCGUUCAUCCACCCGGUAGACGAGAGGAAGUUCCCCACGUACCGCGAGUGCGUCGGCUGCCCCAUGGACCUGUCCACCAUGGAGGACAACGUGACGAAGGGCCUGUACAGCUCCACCGAGGCGUUCAUUGCUGAUUGCAAGUGGAUUCUGCACAACUGCAUCCUCUUCAAUGGCACGACGAGCAAGCUGACGACGCUGGCGAAGGCACUGCUGCGCAUGUGCAAGUGGGAGGCGGAGGAGAUCGAGACGUGCCCCGACUGCUACGGCCACGCCUACGCCAGCGACAACUGGUUCACACUGGCCUGCCCGCACCCGCACCUGCUCAUCUGGGCGCGCCUCAAGGGAUUCCCGUUCUGGCCGGCCAAGGCGGUGAAGACGCGGGACGGCAACGUCGAUUGUCGCUUCUUCGGCCGCCAUGACAGAGCGUGGGUGCCGGUGAAAGAGUGCUACCUAUUCUCCCGGGAGCCGCCCGCGCCGCCCAAGGGGCGCAGCAAGAGCCUGGACGCGUGCGUCGAGGAACUUGAGGAACACGUUCGAAAUCUGGAACAGAAGUUUGGCGAGUAUGUUUAUGCCAAGCCACGUACUCAGUACGACCCGAAAAAGAUAUCUGCUCAACUGAAGAUGACGUUGCCUGGUUACGAGUGCGACACUGCGCCGUCCGACCAAGAACGGUCGCGGAAGAAGCGGUCCAACAGUGAGAUCCAGCUGGAGAUCCUGGAGCGGCUGCGGCAGGGCAAAAAGGCGCGUCUCUCGACUUCCGACCGGCAGACGGCGGCAGACGGCACGCCAGCGUCACCGGGCCUAGCCUCCGCCCCGGCACCAGCUGAGACCGCGGCGCCGGCCGAAGCGCCGGCUGAAGCCCCCGUGCCGGAGCCGGCGCCGGCUGUCAUCGAGGCCCCGGCCUCCGACCCGACCCCAGUGAAGACGGAGUCGCCGGCGCCGGCCGCCCCCGGCGCCGCCUCCCUCACCUUGACGGUCGGCAAGGCGGCCAAAGUCGGCUCGCCGUCCAUCAGUCUGGCGAAGAGCCAGCCGGGGCAGCUUGUGCGCGUGGUGUCCUCCAGCGCUACCGGCGGCGGCAAGGCAGCGGCGGUAACCUCUGCUGCCACGCUGGUGCUGGGCAGGAGCACCACCCAGGCCAAGGUCACUACGCUCAAGCCCAACAACGGCAUAUCACAGCAGGUGCCCGCAUGA